UGAGAGAAGGAAAUUAAAAGCAAAACUUAAUUGAACUGAACUGAUUGAAGCUGAACUGAACUAAAAUUAAGCCGAAGUGAAUAGUAGAGGCCCGAAUUACAUAAGAAGAUAGACACAACAAUUACAAAUAAAUAAGCUAAAACAAGCAAACUCCAAGUGUCCCAAAUAAGAGUGCAAAAUGGCCUUAAUACUUGAAGCCACCUAAACAAUACCAUCACACUACUCACACCAUCUUCUUCUACAAUCUACAUGCACUACCACACGUGUACACACCCUUAACAAUCUUCCCCCUUAAUUAAUAAACUAAAAACCAAAUUCACCCUUUUAAAAGUCCUUCACCUCUUCAACAAAAACGCUCAAGAUAAAAAACCGCUAAAACAAAUCCGCUAAACAUUAAAAAAAAGCUUAAGAAAUGGCUUCAACAGUUGGUAGAGAGAGCAAAACAGCUGGUCAAGGGAUGACAAUGAAAGAGCAUGUAAUUGAAAAAGGGGCUGAAAUGAUGCAAUCCAUGAAACCAAUCAAACAAUUUAGUCAACAUGUUUGUACCUUUGCUCUUUAUAGCCAAGAUAUGAAUCGUCAAAUUGAGACUCAUCACUUUGUUCAUCGCCUCAAUGAGGAUUUCUGCCAGUGUGCGGUGUAUGACACCGAUAAUCGCGAUGGCCGGCUUAUCGGUAUCGAGUAUAUUAUCUCCGAUCGGAUUUUCGAGGCGCUUCAUAUAGAGGAGCAGAAGCUUUGGCACUCUCAUUUUUUUGAGAUUAAAUCGGGGCUUUGGGUGAAUCCUCGGGUUCCGGAAGCGGUGGCUAAGCCGGAACUAGACAAGUUGGCUAAGACAUAUGGGAAGUUUUGGUGUACGUGGCAAACCGAUCGAGGUGACCUCCUACCGAUCGGAGAACCAUCUCUAAUGACCUCACCACUAGGAGCGGUUGCUGGGAAUGUUAAGGCGCCUCUUUUUCAGCAACGAGAUGAAAAAUACGGCAUAUCAAGCACCAAAAUAAGUGAUUCAAGGGUGGAUAUUACUGGCCCUGCUCUUAUAAACCCCAAUGCAGAUUACUGGAUUAAGCAUGGAAAGGGUUUCGCUAUCGAUAUCAUCACUGCUGAGAUGAAGAAAAUCACCCCAUUGCCAUAGUAGUGCGAAAUUAGAUAAAGUAUGUACAUGAUCGAUGUACUGCAGUACUUGCUAUAUAUGUUUGAUUGGUAAGGAAAAUGGUGGUAUCAUCCAUAUAUAAAGAUGGCUUUAUAAGGUUACACUAGUACUAUGUGGGUAGGUUAGGUUAUGCAUAUGAUCCAUGAAGAAAGAUGGCGUUGUAAUAAUGUUACACAUGGUUAAUUGGUUAUAAGGUUACGCAUGUAUGUGUUUUUGUUGAUCACAAAUAUAAUGUAAGUAGGGUUAGUUUUGCUAA